AAGUUGGCUGCGGGUCACCAGUCAUCAGCCAUCAGGCCGCGCAAAGCGACACUCCUGGUCAGGAUCUUAAAAAGUAAGGCUGCGAAUUGGCUGCCUAGAAAGAGGGUCCGAGCCAAUGCUGUGGCCUGCUGCGCACGCGCGCGCACCGGGGCGUGGCGCACUAUGACCCGUCUGCUGCGCGUGCGCGCGCCUAGGCGGCGCGAGGUUAGGGCCGGGGGAUGUUACUCCGGCUGGUGGGGGCGGCGGGCAGUCGGGCCCUGCCCUGGCGUUUUUCCAAGUUGUGGCGAUGUGGCGGCUGCGCAGGAAGCGGCGUGGCGGUCUGGAGCAGCGUGAGGCCUACUGGUCUCUCUCUUCAGAGUCAUCAGGGGACAUGCUUGCAGCAGCAGGCUCUGCAGGGAAGACUGACUUCGUUCCCCCCAAGGCUGUGUUCAAAACCCCCCAAAGGGUUUGAGAAAUAUUUUAAGAAUAAGAAGAAUGGAAGAAGUACAGACCCAGGAAAUUCAGUAACUCCAAAAAAAGAACCAAAGAACGCUGGGCCUGGAGGAGAUGGAGGCAAGAGAGGAGGGAAGCAAGAUGACUUUGCCUGGUGGAGACGGAUGCAGAAGGGAGAGUUUCCUUGGGAUGAGAAGGAUUUCCGGAGUCUGGCUGUUUUGGGGGCAGGCGUGGCUGCAGGAUUUUUAUAUUUCUAUUUCCGAAAUCCUGGAAAAGAGGUCACCUGGAAGUACUUUGUACAGUAUUACCUAGCCAGAGGCCUGGUGGAGCGGCUGGAGGUUGUGAACAAGCAGUUUGUUCGAGUUAUUCCUGUUCCUGGGACGACAUCUGAGAAGUUCGUGUGGUUUAACAUUGGUAGUGUUGACACCUUUGAGCGGAACCUCGAGUCUGCUCAGUGGGAGCUGGGGAUUGAGCCCACCAACCAGGCUGCGGUAGUCUAUACUACGGAGAGUGAUGGCUCUCUUCUCCGGAGCCUGGUACCCACCCUGUUCCUGGUUAGCAUCCUCCUCUAUACUAUGAGGAGGGGUCCAAUGGGGACUGGUCGUGGUGGCCGAGGAGGAGGCCUCUUCAGUGUUGGUGAGACAACAGCCAAGAUCUUAAAAAACAACAUUGAUGUGCGAUUUGCAGAUGUGGCUGGCUGUGAAGAGGCCAAGUUGGAAAUUAUGGAGUUUGUGAAUUUCCUGAAGAACCCAAAGCAAUAUCAGGACUUAGGAGCCAAAAUUCCAAAGGGAGCAAUGCUCACUGGCCCACCUGGAACUGGCAAGACACUUCUUGCAAAAGCAACUGCUGGGGAGGCCAAUGUGCCCUUCAUCGCUGUGAAUGGGUCAGAGUUCCUGGAAAUGUUUGUUGGUGUUGGGCCGGCACGGGUGCGUGAUAUGUUUGCGAUGGCCCGGAAAAAUGCUCCUUGUAUUUUAUUCAUUGACGAGAUUGACGCAAUUGGCAGGAAGCGAGGCCGGGGUCACCUGGGAGGCCAGAGUGAGCAGGAGAACACUUUAAACCAGAUGCUCGUGGAGAUGGAUGGGUUCAACUCUGCAACUAAUGUGGUAGUGCUAGCUGGCACCAAUCGCCCUGAUAUCCUUGACCCAGCCCUAACACGGCCUGGCCGGUUUGACCGCCAGAUCUACAUUGGUCCCCCUGAUAUCAAAGGCAGGUCCUCUAUUUUCAAGGUCCACUUGCGUCCACUCAAGCUAGACCAACGCCUCACCAAAGAUGCUCUUUCGAGGAAACUAGCGGCUCUCACUCCGGGCUUCACUGGUGCUGAUAUUUCUAAUGUGUGCAAUGAAGCAGCACUGAUUGCUGCCCGCCAUCUUAGCUCUUCUGUCCAGGAGCGGCACUUUGAGCAAGCCAUCGAGAGGGUCAUUGGAGGCCUUGAGAAGAAGACCCAGGUCCUACAACCCAGUGAAAAGACAACUGUAGCCUACCAUGAGGCUGGGCAUGCAGUGGUGGGCUGGUUCUUGGAACAUGCAGAUCCUCUGCUGAAGGUGUCCAUCAUACCUCGGGGCAAGGGGCUUGGCUACGCCCAGUACCUUCCCCGCGAGCAGUACCUCUACACACGGGAGCAGCUCUUCGACCGCAUGUGUAUGAUGCUGGGGGGUAGGGUGGCUGAGCAGCUGUUCUUUGGUCAGAUCACUACAGGGGCUCAGGAUGAUCUGAGGAAGGUCACCCAGAGUGCCUAUGCCCAGAUUGUGCAGUUUGGAAUGAGUGAGAGGCUAGGCCAGGUAUCCUUUGACCUUCCCAGACAAGGAGAAACCAUGGUGGAAAAGCCAUACAGUGAAGCAACUGCCCAGCUCAUUGAUGAGGAAGUCCGGUGCCUUAUCAGGUCUGCCUAUGAUCGGACCCUGGAGCUGCUCACACAGUGCCGGGAGCAGGUAGAGAAGGUGAGCAGGCGACUCCUGGAGAAAGAAGUGCUGGAGAAGGCCGACAUGAUAGAGCUCCUGGGCCCUCGGCCCUUUGCAGAGAAGUCCACCUAUGAGGAAUUUGUAGAGGGCACCGGCAGCCUCGAGGAGGACACAGACCUUCCUGAGGGGCUGAAAGACUGGAAUCAGGGGCGGGAGGAAGGAGGCACUGAACGGUGCUUACAGGAGAGCCCUGCAUAGCUGUGGCCUGUGGGUGGCCACUGUGACCAUGUUGACUGGGAGCUGCCUUCGCGGAACAGCUGUCAGAGUAACCGGAAAACAAAUUAAAACAGGAGACAACUGCAAA